GUAGUAGGGAUGAACAACGAAUUGAAUUUGCGAAUAGUGCGGGCGGUCGGUAAACAACCUUUGCUUUAUGAUCGAAACGAUGACAAUUAUAGAAAGAGGCUACCGACAGAAAACUGUUGGGAUUUAGUAGCCGCUGAGACGGGCGAAUCGGUCGAGAGAUGUAAGCGGCGAUGGCGUCAACUGCGUAACGAUUAUGCACGCUGGCUUAGCAACGAUAUUCAACGCCGUCAGAGCGGCAAGCGUCGACUUCCCUUUCUGUUCGCCAACGACUUAAAGUUUCUUUUACCUCACAUGGAUGUUAAUGACGAAAUACUAGAAGACGAUGAUGAUUCUAAAAGCGAAAGUACCUCAGGCGGCCGUGAGAACGAGAUGAACAAUUCGAGUGACCUUUCUUCACCGGGCUCGGUUACUGAAGCAGCAACGCCCAUAAAAGAAGGAUCAAAAACGUCAACCAAAUCAAUCGAAGACGAGAAGUUGGCCAAAAAGGGUGGCAAUAAGGAAGACGAACAAGCAAAAGAGAAAAGCGCUGGCAAUCGUCAUAAAAAAUUAAAUGGCGAAUUGAUUGAGGGAAUCAAUAACAACAAUACAUCCGAUGAAGAAGAACUAGAUGAGUUGCGUAUGGAAGCUUCACCUAUUCCAACAUCAGGCACAAGUCCUGAAAACUCUACAACCGCAACCAAAUCACCACAAACGGAAGAGUUUUUCAUCAAGCAGAGCGAUAGUGAUAAUCUUUUGAUUAUAAGUAAGAAACCAUCGACAUCAAUCGCUUCGACAAGUGAUUACUUAGCCGAUACAACCAUGACAGAGGAUAGUGCCGAUGAAACGAUGUCAUUGGCGCGAGGCACACGCAAACGUGUUGGCCGACCUCGUAAAGACGGUAUCAACCAGUUGCCAAUUCAAAAAGCUGGCAGCGAGCAGCGUUUAACCCGUUUGCAACGACGCAAAUCUAUACUUGCCGGAGCCGAGCAUAUGUUAAGGAGUUCUACAUCUCCCGUCAAAAUGACUACAGUGCCGCGAAGCCUAGUGAAUCAGAGUAAAACUCAGAAUGACCAAGCCCUUAAAUCAAUCACGACAACUACACCAGGAUCCACACCAACAUCGACACCAACAUCUGUAACAUCUUCGCAGUCUGGUCAGUCUUCGCAGUCUGGUCAGUCUUCGCAGUCUGGUCAGUCUGGUCAGUCUUCGCAGUCUGGUCAGUCCGAAAAGGUAUCUAUUAAAUCAUCAUUAUCCUCAUCUCUAAGCAACAGUAUUGAGGGCAUCUAUCCACGACGCUCACAAUUCGGUGGUGCCCCGAAGUUAAAAGCACCACCAUCACUAUCAUCGACAUCUUCAGAGAGUUCAUUGAUCUUUCCACGUCGUGAUUUAGUCACCAAGAAGGCAGUAAUAUCACUCACACCAAAAUCUGGAACUAUUACGUCUUCAAGUGCCACAGCUACUAGUUCUGGUGGUGGCAUUACAGCUUCUUUACAAGCGAAGCGAACAACAGCAGGCCCUGUAUACACUCAAUCGCAGGCUAAAACAAAUGUAUCGACAGCAUCGAUGGCAGACACUUCUUCGCCUCAACCUAUGCGUCUACCCUCUGUGGUAAUUAGCAGCACCCCAACAAGUUCUUCGUCUCUGACCGCAACUAGUUUUAAUCCCGCCCAGGCGACAAGCACUUCGUUUGUUAUGCAGACAAAUCCAGCAACAAUUUCAACAGUAUCGGGAUCGAUUAAUAAUGGUGGUGUUGUUGGUGGUACUGUAUCAACAAUGUCCACUCCUAUUCUAACGUAUGUGAAGCGUUGCGAACGCGGUGUCCAGACUAAGUGUCCCGAUGUUUUCUCAGAUCAAUAUUUCAUCGAUAUGGUAGUGCCACAAAUGGAGCAAAUGAACUCAAGGCAAAAGUUUUACUUUAAGCAAAAAAUACUUUCCGCUAUAAUGGAGACAUUUGAUGAUGCCACCGAUUUUCCAGCCAGUGGCCAAGUACAGCAUUUCAAUAUAAAUACACCGAGUGGCUUGGAAGAUAUUACCGAUGCGGAAUUACGACUGGUCAGGGAGUUGGUUAGUAUGGUGUCUGCCGCAAAGCGUACACAAGCAAUGAUGAAUACAACAGUUGAGCGAAAUGCUACCGAUACAUCAAUCGGAAUUUCAGAACCACCCACCCCAGCGCGUCCGGGACAUAGAAUGACCGAUGCCAAUUUGCAACGUCAUAUUAUACAGCAAGUGCAGAAACAAGUAAAUGCCCAAGUGACAUCACCGAAUCAAGAGAAACGAGUUUAUCGUAUACUACCAAUGAAUGGGCGAAAAGACGCGCCAAUGCCAGUAAGUCGGGUUAUAACUGGCCCCAAUCCAAAGAGCUCAGCCUCUAGUAUUGUCGCCGCACGCACACCUCAGGACUCAUCGUUGAAUGCUCUAUUUGGACCAUUGAAGGCGUCGACCAUUGCAACCGCUAGCCAACAGAGACAAGCUGGUGUGGCUUCACUACAAAUACGUCAAAUGUCUAGACGUUUUUCGGUAUGCGGUGUAAGUGGUGCAGGUGGAAUUCCCGGUACACAAACUUCUACACAAGCCGCGAAUAAUAAUCAGAAUAAUGCUGAACUUGCUAAACGUCGCAUGGUGGCACCUUCUGACAAUUCGACGCCACCUCAACAGCGUCCACGUUUGUCCACCGUUCAGGGCGAUGCAUCGGCCGCUUCAUUGCUAAGAAAAUCGAUUAACACAGUGCCAGCUGGUCAAAAGCAACCUUCACCCUCGGGCGUCGUGGCGGCUCUUCAACAUCAACAACAACAGCAACAGCAACAACAUCGUACUCCUCAAAUUGCCAGCGUUCAGGGUGGCGCCACUCCAUUCAAUGAUUUCAUUCAACCGAGUGCCGUAAAGUCGUCACCCCAAGCCGCCAACAAGUUCCGUCGAUCGCAAUCGCCAGUCAAGCGUACAUCCCUGGUUGUGGCUAAUGUCAAGAAUGUUGCAGGUAAACCAACAGGUGCUGGUGGCAUUUCCUCCGGACCACAGUCUAUUAAUAGCAAAGCUCCGGUGGCAGCACCCACUGUCAACAUGGCCAAUCUCUUGGGCAGCUCUGGCUCAAACUCGCCUCCACCAAGCAAUAAUAAUGGCGACCAAGAUAUGGCCGCAACUAUAGCUGCCGAUGAUUUCUCGCUGGCCGGUCUAAAACGUGAGCCACGAGAUCCUCUUGAUGAACAUGACGAUAUCUUGGGAAUGUAAAAACCAAACAAAUGAAUAAUUACACAAGAAGCAGCCACUUUAACUUUAUUCCGAAUUUUAAAAUAAUUAUUUUUUUUUUCUGUUUUUCUUAUUACUUAAAAAUAUACACACUUUAAUAGAAUAUAAGCAAACAAACAAAAAAAAAAAAAAAAAAAA